CAGUAGUGCAAGUAGUACGCUAUUAUUGACUACUACUUAUUCCAUUCGACUGCAUAUGUGUUUCAAGCUAGUGUCUGCCUUAUACAAACAUGUCGACGUACACACCAGUUUCCAAACCCGUCACCCUUGCACUGUUGACGGUGAGCCUGUCAACGCUAUGCCUCGGGGGGCCGUCUCUUCCGGAUAGACCCUUCAAUGUUAUCUGGAACGUACCAAGCAGGUCAUGCAAAACAAAAUUUGGAGUUGACCUGAACCUGGGACAAUACGACAUCAUAGUGAACCCAGGCGAGGCUUUCAUGGGCCCGUACAUAUCACUGUUCUACGAGAGAAAGCUGGGCAUGUGCCCGUGUUAUCACGAGUACCAUCUAGACCAAGCGAUCCAUGGCGGCCUGCCACAAACAGUAGAUUUAUCUGAUCACAAGGAGAAAGUUGCAGACGACAUAGCCCGUAUCGUACCUGAUGCCGACUACCAGGGGCUGGGUGUCAUCGACUGGGAGUCCUGGAGACCGCUCUACGAGAGGAACUGGGCAAAGAAGGACAUCUAUAGAAAGCAGUCUGAGGAGCUCGUUCAGUCAAGACACCCAGAUCUUUCUAAGAAAGAGGUGAAAGCCAAGGCUAAGGAGGAGUACGAAACCGCCGCGAGGGCCAUGAUGGAGGAGACCUUGGACUUGGUGAAGAGCCUGCGCCCAGGAGGAUUCUGGGGGUUCUACCUGUUCCCGGACAGUUACAACAGCCCGGGCAGUAUCCGGAGCAGGAAGGGAAAAACAUACGGCUGUCCACAGAAAGUAAAGGAUCAGAACGACAGGCUAGACUGGCUGUGGGAGGGUAGCACAGGACUGUACCCUUCCGUAUACGUUACCUACAUGUUCAAGAACAUGGUCAACACGGAGCAGUUUGUCCGGGGAAGAGUGAACGAGGCCUUCCGGGUCAUGGACUCCAGGCAGGGGCAAGACAUCCCGAUAUACCCCUACAUGUGGCUUAGGUAUGCGAAUGAAUGA